AUGGCGGCGGCAUUUUCUAGGAGUUUGAAACCUUUCCUUCGAACGGACUACAUUUGUUCAAGAUGCCUACAAUUUUCCACCACGUCGGUGGUAUCUUCAGGUCACAAUCGAUGGUCGAAGAUUAAACAUGCCAAGGGAGCUGUCGAUGCGAAAAAGACCACGGCUCGCUCUAUCAUUGCGCAUGAUAUAUCACUGGCUGUAAAAUUACAUGGAGCCGAUCCGUACGGAAACCCGAGACUGGCGACUAUCCUGGCGACUGCGAAAAGAGCCGGUUUUCCCAAACAUCUUAUAGAAACUGCCUUGGCCCGUGGGCAAGGAAAAUCUACAGCUGGAACUACACUGCAGAAAGCGACUUUGGAAUUCAUCAUGGCGCCACAAGUGGCCAUGAUAAUUGAAGCCGAGACGGACAACGUUAAUCGUACCAUGAUGGAUUUAAGACAUCUAGUCAAAGUUUAUGGGGGAACUGUUACGCCUACAGCAUAUCUAUUCCAGAAGAAAGGAUGCGUCACAUUCGAGAAAGACGAGAAGAAUCUUGGUGUUGACGAUGUGAUGGAUGAGGCAAUCGAAGCAGGAGCCGAGGACUUAGAGGUCGACGAUGACGGGAAUCUUAUCGUCUGGACUGAACCGAAUAUGGUUACAGCAGCGAGGGACGCUCUGCAGAAGAAAUUCGAUAUAAAAAUCAGAAGCUCAGAUAUCGUGUGGGAUCCCAAUGAAGAUACGAAUCUGCCAGUUGACGAAGGGGAGGCUACGGUGAAACUCAGUGCUUUCAUCGAGGCUGCGAGAGACAAUUCGGAUGUUCAAGGUAUAUAUGCGAAUGUGGUACAGGGAACUAUCGGAGAUGAGGAUUGGGAAGACUUGAUUAGUGGAUUGGAUUGA